AAGAAGACGAGUCAGACCUGCCCGCCAAUUUUGAAGGAUGUAAACAGUGUCGUCCUUCGUGAUCGACCUGCUAUGAAGAAAGUUAAUUUUAUCUCAUAACGGCGAAUAUUUCUCUGUCAGCAAUGAGUUCCGGUGGUAAAGGAUCUGGCGAUGCACCACAUCUUGCUGCCAGCGGUGACAGCGAUUCCAUCAAAGUUUUUGUGCGAGUGCGACCUCUGACCCAGGGUACCGGGCUGACCACAGAUGGAGAUCAGAGUCUGUGUCUCACCGUCAUCUCACCCACCACCAUCCGUCUGCUCUCAAAACCAGAGCCACGAACCUUUACCUACGAUCAUGUCGCUGACAUGGACACAUCUCAGGACUCUGUCUUCUCCAGUGUGGCCAAAAAUAUUGUUGAGUCUUGCAUGAAUGGGUACAACGGUACUAUAUUUGCCUAUGGGCAAACCGGCUCAGGGAAAACAUUCACUAUGCUUGGACCAUCUGAGUUGGAUAAUUUCACAGAUGAACUCCGGGGUCUUAUUCCUCGAAGUUUUGAGUACCUCUUUUUCCUCAUCAACCGAGAAGUGGAAAGGUCUGCCCAGUCCAAGAGCUUCUUGUGCAAAUGUUCAUUCAUUGAGAUAUACAAUGAACAAAUUUAUGACCUCCUGGACACAGCCUCAGCCAGCCUCUUCCUCAGGGAGAACAUCAAGAAGGGCGUCUUUGUUGAGGGAGCUGUGGAGAAGUUUGUCAACUCAGCCACUGAAGCUUACCAGGUGCUGUCUAUGGGCUGGCGUAAUCGACGAGUGGCCUCCACCUCCAUGAACCGCGAGUCUUCGAGAUCUCACGCAGUGUUCACCAUGACUUUGGAGUCCAAAGAGUCCAUCAAUGAGGUGGUGAACAUCCGAAUGUCUCAGCUGAACCUUGUGGAUCUGGCAGGAUCUGAGAGACAGAAAGACACUCACACAGAGGGCUCCAGACUCAAGGAGGCCAGCAGCAUCAAUCGUUCCCUCAUGUGUCUUGGUCAAGUGAUCAUGGCACUGGUGGACGUAUCCAAUGGGAAGAACAGGCACAUCUGCUACAGGGAUUCUAAACUUACCUUCUUGCUAAGGGACUCUCUUGGAGGAAAUGCAAAGACCUACAUCAUAGCCAAUGUACACCCUGGUUCAAAGUGUUUUGGAGAAACGUUAUCUACCUUGCAGUUCGCCCAGAGAGCGAAGUUGAUCAAGAAUAAGGCUGUCAUCAAUGAAGACACACAGGGAAAUGUGAGGCAGUUACAGGCUGAGGUGAAGAAGCUCAAGGAGCAGCUUGCACUGGCACUGGCUUCUCAGGCAGUGGACUAUGGGAGAGAUGUAGCGCCAGGAGGACCUGAACUCCCCAUGGGUCCAUGCAUUGAAAUUCAACAUGAUAUCACAUAUAAAGCAAAGUUCAUGGCUGCUGUUCGUCUAUGGAGGAGGCGAGAAGAGGAGAAGAGGAUGCUGCUCGGGAAGGUGGCUCAGCUUGAAGAGGCCUGGACGCAAAAAGAUAAGUUCAUCCAUUCCAGCCGGAUGAUUGUCAAGUUUCGGGAAGACCACAUCUCUCGCCUUGAGAAAAAACUGAAGGCGGGACAGAAUUUUUUGACAGACAAGGAGUCUCAGGCUCUGAUUGAGCAGCUGAAGGAGGAGAUUAAGAUCUUGAGAGAUCAGGUUGAACAUCACCCAAAGAUGACUCGAUAUGCAGCCGAGAACUUCAGCCUCAGAGAGGAGAACCGGCUGCUUCGUUCUCUUGAAUCAGUGGUGAAAGCUGAAGAAGUUGUAGCCCAGGUUGCUGAUGAGCUGGAAGAGGCCUUCCAGACCGCUAUGGAGACAGAGAGUAAGAUAAUAAUGACAGAACUGACAAAAAGGUUAAGUACAUCCUCUGUGUCUAUCUACAUGUCAAUCUCAUGUUUCUCUUCAGCUCCAGCAGCCUCUUCAACACCUGUGGUUGCGGAUAGUGCCUCAGCAGCUACAAUCGAGAAGCUGAAGGUGCAGCUGCUUCAGAAACAGUCGGACCUUACAGCUGUGUUUCAGGCCUUUGAGGAGUACAAAGAAGUCACCAAGAAACAGAUGUCUCAGCUGGAGUCUGAGAAAAGAUAUCUUGAGAAGUCCAACAAACAUUUGGAAAACAUUUUGGAAGCCACAAACGCUUACAAAAAACAGGAGGUCUCUGAGCUGAACAGAAUUCACGUUGAAACUAUUAAGAUUCUCACCACACCCACCAAAUCGUGCAACAUGCGGUCUCGUCUCGUGCCUCUCUCCAGCCCAGACCACCUGAAUGGGACAGACAACAAUGCACUUGACAUUUGGGACGAGCAGCCUCCUUCAGACAUGACUGAGAUGGCCUUGACUGAGGAACUGUGCCAAGUGCAGGAGCAAACUAGUCGUAUCCGGACACAGCUGAAUGAGGAGGAACUAAAGAACAGCAAGCUGUUGCAGCAAAUUGCAAAACUUGAAGAGCAGAUCGCUGUGAUAUCACAAGAGUCUGACCGCAAGGAUGAGCAACUUUCUACUGAGAAAGCUAACAGGAACAGAGAUCAGCUCAACCUGCAGGAAACUAUCACUGAGCUGCAACAGAGCCUUCAGUCUGAACAGCAAGCCACAGAUGUUCUGAGGAGCGAGAUCCGCGAUCUACGCCUGGUGCUGCAGUCGUCCGAUAAGGAGCUGGCUGCUGUUAAGAACGAGUUAAGAGAUGGCCAGAGCGAGCAGCAGAGAGAGAUGGGCCAGCUCUCCAACAGUCUGAUGAGCACACAGCUCCAACUUGACAAAGUCCAGCUGGAGUGGGAGCAGCUUCUGGAGCAGCAUCGGUCACUGCAGGAUUCAUUUGACCAGCUGCAAGCUGAGGCUAAGUUUGAGGCUGAUCAGGCAAGACAGCAGCUGCAGGACAGGCAGCAGGAGAUUGAUGAACUGAAAGCUCAGCUCACGGAAUUGAAUAAUUCUCUGCAAAAUGAGCAAGAGCACACGAACGUCCUGAUCUCACAGUUAAGAGAAAACAGAGAAAGUACCUCAAAAGAACUCAUUGAAACCGUGGAGCAGAAUACACAGCUCAGAAAACAAGUCUCUGACCUGACAGCACAAAAUCAACAACAGGCGUCCAAACUUGUCGAUCUUGAGCAAAGUCUAACCUCUACCAAUGAAAUCAUAAAAGGCUUGGAGCAGAAGAUUGAGCAGGAUAAAGAUGUUGUUCUAGAUCUGAUUAACCAAACCAGAGACCUCCGCAGUGAGCUGAGCCAGAAGGACCAGACCAUUACCCACCUGUCUUGUGAUAUCAAAGACAUCACAGCCAAGUACAAUGCUGCCUGUCUUGAAAGGGAGCAUAUCAAGGAGCAAAACUCUCAGAUGCAAACAGAAAUCUGUGACCUGAAAGAAACUUUAGACAGGAAGGUGGCGUCCAACAAGAUAGAGGUUGAGUUGUUGCAGGAUGACUUGGCCUACGCCACUGAGGAAAUUCAGAGACUCACUCAGGUCUUUGAUGAGCAGAACAGCCUCCUCCAAGCAUCUCAAGAGCAAGUGGCCCAAAAGGAUGUCAUGAUACAGCAUCUUCAGCAGAAGGUGGAACAACAGCAAGAGGCUGUCGAGAAAACUAUCAGAAACGGAAGUUUCAAACCCCUUGUUGAACCGACAGUCACACCUAAAUCACUACCUCGGACUCCUCAUACUCCUGGAAGCUUCAGCAGGGACCUGAACCAGGUGCUUGAGAGCCAGGAGAGGGAGCUGGAGAAUCGACGCGCCUCCAUGAUGACCAUGGAGAUUCUUUUAGCUGAGCUGAAUGCUGAGAGGGCUGGCAAGAACGAGGAGAUCCAGAGACUUAAGACGCAGCUCUCUGAGAAAGAGAUGGUCCGAAUGGAAAUCCAGGGUUUGCUUGACAAGUUUUAUACUGCGCAGAACCAGAUGACACAGAAUGGAAAUCAUAGUGAGGAGAUGAAUGAUGCCAUUAAGCAGACCAUUCUUAAAGAGCUGCAGGAGGAGAGAACAGAGAAGAGCAAAAUAAUGCAAAAGCUGACUAAUACUCAAGAAAGACUGCAGGCACAGGAGUCCCUGUUGGCCCAGUCUCAGACCUGCGUUCAACAGCUGACCACUGAACUGAGGAACCGUUGUUUGGAGCUGAGAGAGCUGAACCAGAGGGCACAGGUUGAGGAGAAACUACUCCAGGAGAAUGAGGUUCUCCGUGAGCAGAACUUUAAGCUGUCAGAGGAGAAUGGAAAACUUGUGGGACAUAAAAACCAGAAGCAGAGGAUUGAAUAUUUAGUGAAGCUGAAAUUGGACAACACCAAACUUAAAGAGGAAAACGAAAAGCUCCGAAGAGAGAUUAGCUCCCUGCAAGACAACACUAGAUGUCGACCGCUGGAGAUGUAAAUCCCUGAUUUUUAAUUGUUUGAAUGGAGGUGAACUUGCAUCAUUGCCAGUCAAAUUUUUUUAUUUUUUUAUUUGAUAUUUUAAUGGUUUCAAGUACAAAGACAUUGUGAUUUGUGAUUUUUUUUUUUGUUUUGUUUUCAUUCAGGAAAUAUGCAGUAAUUACUUCUACCUUUUCACUGAUCUGCUGUUGUAGCAGCAUGGACAGAACAGCUGAGACAAAGCUGUCAUUAGUCCAUAUCCAUGGUCUCUUGGUCUUGUACACCUAGUCCCUUUGUUCACAGACUACAUGGAAAUUUUAACAAUGCUGAAUAACAUCUUAAUGUGAACACUGAACAUUCUACAUGUUCAGAAUUAUUUAGGUGCUUAUUUGUAGUUCUGUGGUUGUGAUUGAUGUCUGACCAUGAGUUGCAUCCAUGGUGUUAUGUUUGUUAUGUAUUUUCCCCAUCAUAUUGAGGUGUAAAAGCCAGUGUCUUUUUAACAUUGUGAGCUUUGAACAUACUGUAAUUAAAAACAUAAUUUUUCUACCUCUA